UCACCCAAAUGUACGGCGGCGCAAUAUCGAGCCGAAAAUAGCCUCAUAAACACUUUGUCUGAUAGUAAUUAUAACCUGGCGAAGGAGUGACGACAGCCUGGCCCAUUCAGCGCAAAUGCCAGAAUAAAUCUGACAUUAUGACACUCGAUCCUGGCUCCGGUGCCGCGCGGGGUAAGCUCCGGUGGGCCCCUUGGACCCCGAAGUUGUUUACCCAGAAAAAGAGGCACCUGCCAUAGGGGGCGUUACCCGGGCUACUUAAAAGUCGUAUUCUCUCGAGCCUACGUCACAUAACGAACAGCUAGAGCGGGAGAGAAGGGGACGCCAGUCGGACGGAAUUCGCACUCAGAGAGUCUCGUGCUGUCCUAAAGGAUAGCCAAAGGACAAGGCAGCUCGCAAAGACUUUGACGGAGGCAUUUAGUGUAUUUGGGGAAUACUGUAUGUCUUGUUGGAAACACUUUAUAACUUGGACUAUUUUCCUCACAAAACACUGCUACGAAUAUCACAGAACUAGUUGAAGCAACACAACGAGACGAGGCGCCAACGGCUUACGACACCAAGACCCCUAUAACACACACACAAACACACAGGCACUCACACACAUACACACACACUCGCACUCACACACACAAAUCUGUAAGCCACACAUUACUGAAUCGAGCUGAGCUCAAGAGGCAUUGAGGAAAUAACUGCCUAAACACACACAUACAUACAGAAUUCUUCUCUCACACACACACAUCCUCCCUCAUACACACACAGACACACACACAUACACACACAUACCAGAAUGGCUGCCCUGGACCUGCAGCGUGGCGUGUGGGUGGGGGAGAGGCCUGAAUUUGACUCAGAGAUGCUGGAGUGGGAGGAACAAUUGCAGGACAUGCAGCGCAAGAUAGAAGAGCUCUACAAUGAAGUGGUUGCUCGCAGAGGAGGAAACGAUGGUGCCAUGCCAAAUCAGGCCAAUGACAUCACCCUGCUACCUGUUGCAAACAAGGACUCAAGCCGCUACAAUGGCGGUUGCCAUAGCCAUGGCAAUGUGGAGCGCCCAAUUGGCAUGAACCUGCCCGCUGCCGUUGGCAAAAGCUGUGGCUAUCAGCUCAACAAUGGUUAUAGCGAUGGUUACCCUAGCAACCCGGGGAUGGAUCCCACCCUGGAGAUUCUGCAGGGAUACCUGGGGCAUGGGAAGAACCAACAGAACUUGAGCAAUGCCAAAACAAAGCGAAAGAAUGGCUAUGAUCCUGACGCUCAAAGGGUUGUCUCUGGCUGGCAAGGUGGCAGAAGUGAGGAGUUUGAGAACCGGAGGAACCAAUCAGUGCACUAUGACAGCCCUCAGGGACUGGACUACUAUGACCAGCGCGCGACUCCUGGAGCCCGGCCACCCGUGCGCCAUGUCGAAAACUCCCCCCUGGGCCAUGUCCAGCAGCGUUCCUUAUCAUCAGACAGAAAGUCCGCCCCCCUGGACAGGAAACAGGGCAGCCCAUCGGUGCUGCGCAAGUUCGGCGCCAUGCUUCAGGAGAACGAGGGGAAGCUGCUGACGGAUGCCGGCGUGGUGGCGCCCUCCCCUCCACCGACCGUGACCACCGGCUCCUCUCCCAUCAGCCCCCGCCGCUCACAUGCACGCACGCCUUCACACUCCCACGCGCACGCGCGCUACUCCAACCCCAGCCCCACUCCCCCUCCACACUCCUCGCCCAAACUCACCCCCACCCAGGGGCAGCAGCGAGGGGGGCAGUGGGGCGAGAGGAGGGACCGGGACGUCUCCGGUGGCAGGGUGCCGGUCCAAGGGGGCGACCCGGCCACUGAUUACUGGAUGGUGGAGCACGUCCUAAAUGGACCGAGCGUGGGCCGGCGCCGCAGCCACAGCAGUGGCAAUGGGGGCUGCUACAGCAACGGGGGUUACUACGGAAACGGAACAGGCAUUAGCCGAGAGGAGAGCGGUCUGGUGGAGCUACUGAGCACGCUGGACAUUCAGCAGCAACAGCAGCGGCCAGCCAGCAGAGUCUCUCACACACCGCCGGUCAGCCGCGAGUCCUCUCCAGCACCUUCAAGGCGGAGCUUCUCCCGUCCUGCCCGGCCAGCCAAUCAGCGCCCACCUUCCAGAUGGGCCAGCCAGACAGGCUCCACCCGCCCCAGGCUCUCCAGCCAUUCAGGUCCCAUGAGCCGUCCCCCAAGUCCCGCCCGCAAAGCCAGGCCAGCCAAUCAGAGCUUCAGCUCCUACUCGCUGCACACAGAAACGGUCAUCAUGUGACAAAUCUGUGCAGGGCCAUCUCUGAAAGACAUUAGCAUUCAUAAGUGCUUACACGGACUGGUUUAAACACUUUUGUCAACCUGCCUUAUAUUCUUGACGUUUUUGAAGUACUAGUCGGAGGACUAUCCCCCACCAGAGUCUCUAGGCUCACAAUGACUUCAUAAGUGUUUGCAAAGGGAUUCCCAAAAGCCUGGAUCCUUUUCUGCACAUCUGUGGUUUAAAUGUAUCUCAGAAGGUAUUUAAAGUAAAAUGCCACUUCAA